AUGCCCAUCACCCAGGACAACGCGGGGCUGCACCUCCCUCUCCUCCUCCAGUGGCUGCAGAGCAACCUGCAGGAGACACAGGAAGGACCAGAGCACAGGCUCUGCCAGUCGGCCAUCCAGAAGCUCCGAGAAUACAUCCAACUGAACUUUGCCGUGGACGAGAGCACGAUCGUGCUUGACCAGAGCCCCCUCGAGAUGGAGAUCUGUACUGUGUACCUGACCAAGGAGAUGGGGGACACCGAUACCGUAGGGCUCAGUUUUGGGAACAUCCCUGUUUUUGGAGACUAUGGGGAAAGACGGAGAGGUGGUAAGAAGCGGAAAACCCACCAGGGUCCCGUGUUGGAUGUUGGCUGCAUCUGGGUGACGGAGCUGAAGAAGAACAGCCCAGCUGGCAAGUGUGGGAAAGUGAGGCUCCGGGACGAAAUCCUUUCCCUGAACGGGCAGCUCAUGGUUGGAGUGGAUGUCACUGGGGCCAGUUAUCUGGCUGAUCAGUGCUGGAAUGGCGGCUUUAUCUACUUAAUCAUGCUACGUCGCAUUAAGCGCAAGGCUCCUCUCCCUCCUUCCAAUGGCAACAACAGCAACAGCUGUGAACCCAAAGCAACCCCUACCUCAGAGCCCAGCAGCCGCCUGGUACAGAAUGGGAAAAGAACAAGAAAGUUUGGUGUCAUCUCCAGGUCAUCUGUCAACAAAGACAGUGUGGAGAACAGGAACAGUCAGGACUCUGAGCUAGAGAAUGGACAUUAUACCGUCAUGGAGAUGGGUGGCUCACAUCUUGAGGCUUUGGAAGUGGAUGAUGACAGGACAGAGGAUCACUUGCCAAAUUCAGAGGCUCCUCUGGUCACAGGCCAUUAUAGAUCUCGCUUAUCUGAGGGGAAGUCUGAUUUCAAGCCAGGUGAUCAUCUGGCACAGCGAGAAGACUGCCGGAUAUGGAAGAUGCACAUGGUGAAAGGGUCAGAUGGCCUGGGCAUCCAGAUUACCGGAGGCCGAGGAUCAAAGCGAUCACCACAUGGUAUCAUUGUUGCACAUGUAGAAGAAGGAGGUGCUGCACACAGGGAUGGCAGGCUGACAUCAGGAGAUGAGCUGCUGAUGAUCAAUGGUCAGUCACUCGUUGGCCUCUCCCAUCAGGAAGCUGUGGCCAUUCUCCGUGCUGCCGCUGGACUGGUUCAGUUAGUGGUGGCCAGCAGGGAAAACUCUGAAGUGGACUUCCUCAAAUAUCCAUCCACAAGUUUGCCAGACUUGCUUAGUACUUAUUCAGGCCCGGAUGUUUCCUCUUAUACUGAUAAUAAGGAGAACGAAGAGCCAGAUGGUGAAGAGGAAAAGGGAGCCAGCCAAUCACCAACCCAUGGAACAAUGAGUGAAGUCGAUAAGUCUCAAGAUAACAGCUGUCCUGAAGGAUCCCGGGAGAGCUGCAGAAGCCCCAACCUGGGGAGCAGCCUGAUGAAGUUCCGAAGCCGCUCCCAAGGAGGUGCUCCUCGUCUAGAAUCUGUUGGAGAAGAUGAUGAACUGACAGUAGAAAAUGGUGAUCCCAGUGGGGAGAUGUUGGAAAAGUUAUCUCGGAGUGCCCGGAAACAUUCCCUUCCACAGCAGCUGGAUUCUGCUGGGGCAAGACAGGAAUAUCAUGUUGUGAAGAAGUCAACUCGUUCCUUAAGCACUGCUCAGGUGGAAUCCCCUUGGAGACUAGCUCAGCCCUCCAUUAUCUCCAACAUUGUGCUGAUGAAAGGUCAAGGCAAGGGUCUUGGCUUCAGUAUUGUGGGAGGCCAAGAUUCAGCCAGGGGCCGGAUGGGCAUUUUUGUCAAGACAAUUUUCCCAAAUGGAGCUGCUGCUGCUGAUGGAAGACUCAAAGAAGGGGAUGAACUCCUUGAAGUGAAUGGAGAAUCCCUACAGGGACUGACCCACCAAGAAGCCAUUCAGACCUUUAAGCAACUCAAGAAAGGUGUUGUAACCCUUACAGUACGCACAAGGUUAAGAAGCCCCAGCCUUACUCCAUGUCCGACACCCACACUAAUGAGCCGAUCCAGCUCCCCAAACUCUAAUACCAGUGGAGGAACUCCUGCACCUGGCUCAGAUGAAGGAGAUUCUUCUUCCCUUGGUCGUAAAGGCCCAGGACCCAAAGAUAGGAUUGUCAUGGAAGUCACACUCAACAAAGAGCCAGGAGUGGGAUUAGGCAUUGGUGCCUGCUGUCUUACUUUGGAAAAUAGUUCUCCAGGCAUCUAUAUUCAUAGCCUUGCCCCAGGAUCGGUAGCCAAGAUGGACAGUAGAUUAAGCCGUGGUGACCAAAUAUUAGAAGCAGAUUCUGUCAGUCUCCGCCAUGCUGCAUUAAGUGAAGCCUAUGCCAUUCUGAGUGAGUGUGGCCCAGGACCAGUUAGUCUCAUCAUUAGUCGGCACCCAAACCCAAAGGUUUCUGAACAGGAGAUGGAUGAAGCAAUAGCUCGCUCUACUCACCGGGAAAGCAAAGAGACUAGUUCCUCCCAAGUUUUAGGUACUCCCCUGAAGAGUCCCUCACUUACAUCGAAGGCAAGACAGGGAGAAGGUGCUGCCUCACUCAGCUGGACCAUGAAACGCUUCCUGGAGCCAGCAAGUCGGGGCUCCCUCAGUUCUGAAUCAGAACUCUCACAAUAUUUUUCACAAGAUGUCCUGAGCCCCCUGUCCUAUGCAGACUCUGUGGUUGCCAGCUCUGGAGAUGAAGAACAUAUGCAUCAGAGGAGGGGGAGCAACUCUUUGGAUGAUGGUGCACUUCCUCCCAGCAGCAUAGCUCCCAAAGAAUCAGGAAAAUCUAGAGCCAACAGUUUUGUAUCAUCUGGAAGCAAGAAAACCUCAGGACCUUUCCAUAAGCAUUUGGAAGCUACCAGGCAAACGAGCCUUCCAGGAAGCCCACAGUCUGCCCGAAGCCCACUCCUCAGACAGAGGAGAAUUGGCUGCUUUGAUGCUGAAGAUGCCAGUGAUGAGGAAGAGUUUGUGAGAGAUGGAGACAACGUUCUGUUUUCCAGGACCCUCCCAGGCUCUACUCUACCCCAGGCUGAGGAGGACUCCAGGGUCAUCAAUGCAAAUUCUUCUAUGGUAACUGAUGUCAAUAGCCUGGAAGUAGAGCACCUUGGGAAUACUGCCACUGACGCUACUUUGGAGACUUCUCCUUUGGGCAGCUCAAUAGGGGAGGUAGAGGACAAGGCUUCUGAGCAAAUCAUAGACUCACCUUUCCUCCCAGGAAUGCUUUUUGACUAUCCAAAUGCCUCAGAGGCUAGCCCAGGCACCUUGGGCCUGAAGGAACAAACUGAAUCCAAGAAGUCACCAAAAUUAGAGCACAAAGCUAUUACCAGAGUCAAAAGCCUGAUGAGCAUUGAGUGCCCUGGUUCUCCUAAACAGAAGAAUGAGGAUCCUGGUUCUGGUCAAAAGCCAGUGGCCCGGAUAAGCCCACAAAGCAAAAGAGCUGUGACAGAGGACAACUCUAGGCCAAUCAUCUUGGAAACUAUUAAUUUAAUUCGUUUGGAAGAUGAAUCCUUUGGUCUGGACUUGGAAAUCCAGGCUACUCCUUUAAAAGUGGUGAUAAGAGGUUUAAGACCUGGCGGAGCUGCUGAGAGGGAGGCGACAGGAAAACUGAGUGUUGGAGAUGAGAUUGUCUCUAUCAAUGGUGCUCCAGUCAACUCCUUGUCUUAUCAGGAAACUUGCCAUGUUAUGAAGAACUUGCCCGUGGCUGUGACCUUUGUGGUGCAGCGAUCAACACCUGCUAUGGAUAACUCACAGGACCUCCUUGAAUCAUCAACGGAUAAGGAGCUGAUUAAUGCUAAACUCAGUGGGACUUUGGCCACUGAAGGAGAACCCCACACAAAAGGAGCACCAGCCUCUGAACCAGAGGGAGCUGUACAACCUGAUCCCAUACUGCCAUCUACUGUCAGUACCAAAGAAAUGCAAUUAGGUAGUGAAUUAAGAGGUGGUGACUGUGAGAUGCCAGUGACUGACAUCGAUAGCAUCAUCAGUGAGAUGGAUGCUUGUGAAGGAGGAUCUGAGUGUCCUCCAAAAGCAGGUGCCCUCUGUGGUGAGGAAGGUUCCCAGAGACACUCUUCGGCAAGAGACAGGAGCUCCUACCAGGGGGAGCAGAGCACAGUCAAACAAGAUCCACCUCAAAGGAGGAACUGUGGCCUUCUACCCCCUCAACCUCAGUGGACCUCUCAGUUUUCAGUUUUGGAUUCAAUUAAUCCAGGCAAACAUUUUACUGUGAAUAAAAACUGUUUGAGUAGCUAUUCUAGGAAUUUUAGCAGCUUACACAAAGACAGCUUGUCCUCUCUUGGUCACGGGGAAGCUGAUACCACUGAGCCAUCACCAAAGUCUAUGUAUGGAGCUGCUGAAGAUUCACAUUCAGACCCAGAGUCUCUUACAGAAGCCUCACCCACUUCCAUCAGGGAUAGCAUUUCAUCCCACCCACCAUCUUGCCCUUCUCAGACACAUAACGUCACAGAGUCAGAUGAGGAGCAAAUUGAAAUUUGUUGCCUGAGUACUCACCAAAAGCCACUCUCUCAAGUGGAGCAGCAACUGAGGCCUGCUGUGAAUUCACUUUCCUGGGCUCCACCUUGCCCAGAAGUAGCCAAAAUUUCACCAUUAGAAAGUACUGUUAUGGGAGGCUUACAGACAACCCCAGGUGCAACACCUACUGUUAGCUCAGAAGCACCUAUAAUUCCCAGCUCUUGCCGGCAAGUAAAUACAAGCAGAACAGUUCUUUUGGACUCCCUUCCUUCCUCCCAUUUGGAUAAAACUCCUUGGGUAAGCUCAGCAUAUUCAAAUGGAAAUCUUCCACAGGGCUGUAGAACCUUACAUAAAGAGGGGAAAAUGCAAGAAGCCAGCACUGGCAAAGCUCUGGAAACCUGUGUGUCUUCCAGAGGCAGUGACCUUGUGCACAAGCCUCCAGUUCCUUUUGCCAGCCCCAGAAUGGUUGAUAGCCCAGUACCUAGCCUGUUAGACAGUGAAUCUCAAUGCAAAAAACAAGAAGCAACUCUUAAGGUAACCGAUAGUCACAGACGCCCUCAAUUCUCUUUAAAUCCAGGCUUACCUGAAGAAUCUGAUUUGACCAGCCUUUACAUCUCUGAAAGUCAGGGCUUGGGACAAGGACCAGAAAAUACAUCCAGAAGUUCUCUUCUGGCCCAAUGCAAAGAUCCAAGUAAAAUGAACCAUAGUAUACAAAGCAGAAAUGAAAAGGAACAGUGUAUAGCUACAUCAAAAAGUUCCAACACUAAAGUUCACUCUCCCAGCUUAAACCAUGCUAAGGGAGUUACUACUCUGCACAGUCCUUCAGCUCAACCAAAACUGAAUUCUGAAAUGAAGGGGUCAACACCCAAAAGUUUUAUGGAAACACUUCUUAAUAACAAUCACAAACCCAGGGCAGGGCCAAAGCUAAAGGGCCUUAGCAUCAAAAGCAAGAACAAAACUAGCAUGGAGGCCUCCAGUGGUGUUCAAGCUGCCAAGGUUGGUGGGUCUGAGCAGAAAAGAACCUUUAUUUCACCCCAAACCUCUCCCAAAACUCUUUCCAAGAGAGUGUUGGGUUCUCGCAGCAUUGCUAUCCAUGGAGAACCAGAGAGAAGUUGCCCCAUGGCUCCCAAAUCUCCUAAAUGUGGGCAGGACAAUAAAUUAGCCUUGGCUACGUCUAGGCCAAUAAGUUCCCCAGCGUCAGAUGGCAGCACCCCUAUAAAUGGGAACACAAGUGAAAAUAGACUCCUUGGGCGAAAUGGGCUUGGCCUUUCCAGCCCUAAAGAAACAACAACAGUUUCGGCUUUCCCCAGUGGACUUGGUGAAAAGGGGAGCAAAGCAGCUACUGGUGAUUCUCAAGACAGGAUGAAUCAGGUGAAAAUAAUUGCCAUCUCUCCUGAAAGAGGCCCGAAAAGCUCAGGUGGUGACAAGUUAGUUGAAAAUGACCGAGGAGGACUUUCUACCCAUGAGAACAGUCACAAAAAAGGUGAAAGCAAACCCUGCCACAGGAGAGUGGAGCUAUCCCCAAGUCUCCCACCUUCUCUGGCUUCUCAUUCCAUUCAGGAAGAUCCCCCAGAAGGACAAGAAAUCCAAAGAAGUUUCAUUGAGGUAAGACUCUCUUCCUCUUCCUCCUUCUUCUUGCCCAUGUGCCCUUCCCCACCUCUACCUGUAGAGAAAAGAACUUGUGACCCGAAGAGAAUGAGUCAGAUGUCUGAACUUCCAGGAAACUCCAGAAAUGUCAUCACUUUGGACGAUGCUCCCUACUGUGCUCCAAGGCCAGUUACGAGGACUUAUUCCAUGCCAGCCCAACUUGCAAGCCAUUUUGGAGGGGAAAGUCACUCUGUGCAAGCUACAGGAUGCUCUGUCCAAGACAGCCAGAAUUCUGUGGCAGGUGAGAAAUGCGUCUAUGUUCCAGAGACAAGACUAUUCAAAGGUGGUCUCCUUGGCCUAGUUAAUGGACAGGGAAUACAAGGAGAAAAACAACCGUCAGAGACUUCCCAGAGCAUCCCCAGAACAGAACAAGGAGGUGCUAUUGUCCCUGGCACCCAGGACACAAGCUGCACUGUCACGGACAGAAUAAAAUCCACCAGGAGGCAUUACUACUAUGAGCUAAACUGGCCCCAUGAACCUACCUCAUCUUUUUCUGUGAAACAGAGGAUCAAAUCUUUUGAGAAUCUUGCCAGUUUUGACAGACCUGUAGUGAAGUCCAUUGAUUUCCCUUCAGCUGUAUCCAUGAACUCCAAACCUCCUACUGGGAGGAGGUCCUUAGGCAUGGUAUCUUCAGGGACCCCCAGCAACUCAAGUGACACCAUGAGGUCCUUACGACGAAGCUUGAGUUCGUGUGGUGAAAACCAAAAUGAAACCAUUUCAUUGACCCCCCAGCUAAACAAAUCACCAUCUAGUAUGACUCUCCAUGUUUCUCCACCAAAUCUGGUAGAAAACAAAGGAGACAGCCUUAAUUCGGGCCAAAAGAAGUUACUUGACCCUCCAGCAAGUUAUAAUCCAGCAACAACCACAGCAUCACACUUCAGAAGGAACAGACCAGCAGGAGGCCAAGCUCGACCUUGUCCUUUAUCCCGCUCAAAACUUAGAGAGCUCAGGGCUUUGAGCAUGCCUGACCUGGACAAGCUAUGUGAUGAGGACUAUUCAGUGGAACCUGUAGCUACCCACUUUAAAACUGAACUAGAAAUCACUCCCAGGAGAUCCCUUGGCCUUCCAACGGAAAGCCUCUCAAACCUCAAUGAAUCAUCUUCCCUUUCACAUUUGGCAAAAGAUCAUAGUGGGGAAAGGUUGUGCUCUAGGGGAAAUAGUCCUUGGACUAGUGGUUCUGGGACUCCUGCUUCAGCCUCUGAUGAAGAUAUAACAAUCCAGGACAAUUCAGUGUAUAAGAGAUGCUUUGGAAGAAGUUGGUCCAUAGAUUUGGAUCAACUCUCAGUCUCAUCCCUGGACCAGCAAAAAUUACAGUCUGUUUUGUCAUCAGUUGGGUCAAAGUCUGAUAUCUCGACUCUGAUUCGAGAAGCCAAAGCACAAGCAGAGAAUAAAGAAGAUAUUUUCUUUGUUGUCUUGAAUAAAGAAAGUGGCUCAGGUCUGGGAUUCAGCGUGGCUGGUGGAAUAGAUCUGGAACAGAAAUCAAUUACUGUCCACAGAGUGUUUUCUCAGGGAGUUGCUUCUCAGGAAGGGAGCAUCCACAGAGGAGAUCUCCUUUUAUCAAUUAAUGGCACCUCACUGACUGGUUCCAUCCAUGGAGAUGUUUUGAAUGCCCUUCACCAAGCGAAGAUGCACAAAGAUGCUGUUAUUGUCAUCAAAAAAGGGAAAGACCAGGACAGGGGCUCUACAAGACAAGAACCCACACCUGCAAGUGGAAAGGUGUCACUGUCCCAAAAGGAUGUUAUCUUGGAAUUAGGAACAGCAGGCAGACAGGCAGAUCUGAAUGGUGCAGUGUGGGUUGAGUUAUUGAAGACUUCUGCUGGUCUAGGCUUCAGUCUUGAUGGAGGAAAAGCAUCUGUGGCUGGAGACCGACCCUUGUUAAUAAAACGAGUGUUUAAAGGUGGUGCUGCAGAACAAGCCGGGACAAUUGAAGCUGGAGAUGAAAUUCUUGCUAUUAGUGGAAAGUCACUUACAGGGCUCAUGCACUACGAUGCCUGGAACAUUAUUAAGUCUGUCCCAGAGGGGCCUGUGCAAUUACUGAUUAGAAAGCACCGAACAGCAGUAUGAAUCCCAUGGUGGCUUAUUACAUUAGCCACAAAGGACUC